AUGGGGCUUAUACGCGAUGGUGGCUGCUCCGUGUAUUUUGACCCUGUCAAGCUGGCCGCGCCACUCCACGUCGAAGAACUGGUCACUUUCGACAGUACAAGGCUGCUGCUUUGGUUUGACGACGCCCUCUCUGACUGGGAAAACUCGGACCUUGGCCAAGCAAUGAUCUCGUCUGCCACUACGGGACCCUUUGCUGCAAACUUUUCUGCCAUGAUCAAGGCAAGAAAAUAUACCCCUCACGACUUUUACCCACUCCGACGCUUCGACUUUAUCGCGCACCAAGAAACCCAUAUCUCCUCUGAAGACUUUCAUGACUGCUCCCAACUGAUCCAAGACUGA